UUUGAGAAGUAAACAGAAACUGGGUAGGGAACAGUGAGGAGCACCCAGGUGGGAGGGGGGCUCUCCAGCCCCACCCAGUUUAGGGAAUGCCUCUGCCUGUCCCCCUCCCUCCUUCACCUGGCUCUUACAGGGCUCAGCCCCUGACCCACAGCUACUUAAGGCACGGCAGGGCAGCCUGCAGCAGUUGCGCCGAGACAGUUCUGGAAGGGGUGGGCAGGGCAAAACUCUGAUCAUGACCCCCUACGGGCUGCUGCCACCGCUGUUACUACUAACUCUUCUGCUUGCUGCCCACCCAGAAAGUGCCUUGGCACGGUGCCCAGGCUGCAGGCAGGCAGUACAGGAGGGUUGUCCCGGAGGCUGCCUGGAGGAGGAGGCUGCUAAGAAGCCCGCAAUGGAGGGCUGCGCAGAAACUGGGGAUUGUGUCAGGAGAGAGGGGCAGCUGUGCGGGGUCUACACUCCUUACUGCACCCCCGGACUGCAAUGCCAGCCGACCAAGGAUGAGGAGACACCUUUGAGGGCACUGCUACUGGGCAGAGGCCGCUGUCUUCCGGUCCGCAAGCCCUCGGGGGAGAAUCCUAAGGAGAGUAAACCCCACCGAGGUGCCACCCGCUCCCAGGGCCUGAACCGCAGAGACCAACAGAGGAACCCAGAAGCCUCCAGCACUCCCUCCAGGCCCAAUCCUGGGGGUGUUCAAGACACGGACAUGGGCCCCUGCCGCAGACAUCUGGAUUCGGUGCUGCAGCAACUCCAGACGGAGAUCUUCCGGGGGACUCAGCCCCUCUAUGUGCCUAACUGUGACCACCAAGGCUUCUACCAGAAGCAUCAGUGUCGCUCCUCCCGGGGGCACCGCCGGGGUCCCUGCUGGUGUGUGGACCGGAUGGGCCAGCCCUUGCCAGGGUCUCCAGAUGGUGAUGGAAGCUUCCUCUGCCCCACUGGGAACAGUGGCUAAAGCCAUUGGGAGCUGACAGGGUCAUGGGGCUGUCAUCUCAAAAAAAUCCACCUGCAGGCCAUCUCAUUCUCCCCAUCACCCCUGGGCCCUUACAGAUCUAUUUGGAUACAUAAAGAUUGUUGUCAUCAGCUUGGGGUGUUAAUAAAGCUGUU